AUUUUUUGAUUGUUGUCACAAAAGGGUCAUGUGUCUCCUACGUCAUCACGUGACUGCGGGAGAAACCAAACUUGCUUGUUGAUGCGGAGGUAACUAGUUAGUAGUCUUCCGACUCUGAUGCUACUAUUAACAUGACAGCUUUUAAUUCAACGACAAACUAAGUCAGUAAAUUCGUAAAGUACGUCAGUUAGGUGUUUACAUGGAGUAGAACUGCAAGAUUUCAACCUACAGAGAUGUGAAGGAUUACCUAGGAGGACAGUUACCUACAGACUAGAGCCCACCUGGAUAUACCUAGUCGUUAAAGAUGUCAGGUGGGAACCUGUUUAGCAAGGUGCGGUCGGCCUUUAGGAGAGAGCGGAGCGACUGGGACCUGAGCGACACGGCACCCUUUGACUUCUCCGACGAGCUGGUGGACGAUGAAACGCCCAAAUUCAACAAGUUGAAGGUUGUGGUCUCCGGAGAGAUGUCCGACUACUCUGCCGGAGCUCCGUCCAACGGGGUGGCGGUAAACACGCUGGUGAUGGCGGCAGAUGAUGAUGACUCCCUGCUGGACUCAUCUUCCAGCCUGGGCAGCCCGGCUGGGAUAAACAUGGACCCCUGUGACAGCUGCACCAAGAAGAGGGAGAGGAUAAAACACAAGAGAGUGAUGAAAAGGCUCAUCAUUGCAGCUUUGCUGUAUUUCCUUUUCAUGACAGGUGAAAUCAUAGGUGGUUACUUGUCAAACAGCUUAGCCAUUAUGACUGAUGCUGUGCACAUGCUAACAGAUGUUGUGGGCAUUUUGUUUUCUCUGCUGGCUCUCUGGCUGUCCACCAAACCUCCCACAAGAAGAUUCACCUUCGGACUGCACCGCCUUGAGGUGGUAUCGGCGGUCCUCAGUGUGGUGCUCAUCUACAUUCUGACGGCCAUACUGCUCUACGAGGCGGUUCAGAGGACGAUACACCAAGAAUUUGACAUAGAUGGAGAUGUCAUGCUCAUCACUGCAGCUGUGGGGGUGGCUGUCAACCUCAUAAUGGGUUUCUUGUUAAACCAAGAUGGUCACCUCCACUCUCACGGCCACGGUCACUCUCACGGCUCUGCAGCUGCCUCAAGUUUACAGUCAGCUGGGUCAGGUCAGCAGCAGAGGCAGCACGGCAGCCUGGCUGUAAGAGCUGCCUUCAUCCACGCUUUGGGAGACCUCGUCCAGAGUGUCGGGGUCCUCAUAGCUGCUUACAUUGUCCGCUUCAAGCCAGAGUUUAAGUUGGCAGACCCCAUCUGUACCUACAUCUUCUCUGUUCUGGUUCUCGUCACCACAUUCCGCAUCAUAAGAGACACAAUAGUCAUUGUGCUGGAGGGUGCUCCCAGGCAUCUGGACACCCGGAGAAUCAAAGAGGACCUUCUGAAGCUCGAGGAUGUCCAAUCAGUAGAUGAGCUGAAUGUCUGGGCGUUGACAGCUGACAAGACUGCAGCACUAGUGCACCUGCAGCUCACGCCCUCUAGCGCCAGCAACUGGGAGGACGUCCAGGCGAAGGCUCGCCACCUGCUGCUUCACACCUACGGUCUCACCAGGUGCACAGUGCAGGUCCAGACACACAGGCUGAGGCCGGUACGCAGUUGUACACACUGCCAGCAGCCCAGCGACUAAAGAGAGAGACUAAUGUUUACAUUGACUUCCACAGUGCAUUUCAUGGAGCCAGAUGGCAGAGAGUACAGUACACACAGGGCCAGGAUGUCGCACCACUGUCACAGCUCAGUGCCAUAGCAGGUGCCAAAUGCAAAAAAGACUGGUGCAAAAGGACAGUCAGU